UCCUAGAUACAACAUGGUUAUCUUUGGGGGUGUGGAUGGAUAUUCAAGAAAGAUCAUGUAUUUACUCAUCGCAGACAAUAACCGCUCUGAAACAACCCUUCGAUUUUUCAAAGAGGCAGUGGAAGAGUUUGGCUUUCCCUUAAGAGUACGUGGAGAUCAUGGAGGAGAAAAUGUAGGAGUGGCACGGCUGAUGUUUUGGGUGCGAGGAACAGAGAAGGCAAGCUUCAUUGCUGGCAAGAGUGUGCACAAUCAGAGGGUUGAACGCCUCUGGCGAGAUGUUCGAAUGUGUGUCACCACAGUCUACUACGACAUCUUACAUCGUCUUGAGGACUGUGGACUUCUUGAUCUUAGCAACUUCACCCACCUCUUCUGCUGUCAUUAUGUUUUUUUACCUCGCAUACAAGCCAGCCUUGAUGCUUUCAAGGAUGCAUGGGAUAACCAUUCCAUGAGGACAGAGAGCAACUUAACCCCAAAUCAACUAUGGGAGACUAGCCAGUAUCAGAAUCCAAUAAGUAACCGAGGUGCAGUAUUCAGACUCUGCUGCAGUUGGACAAGAGUGGAGAUGCUGAAGGCACUCACUUUGGGGUCAAUGUGCCCGAAAUUCAGAGGCCGCAACUCGCAAGAGAGCG